CCACACACUGGACCUCCAAACACUUGGAUCAAAGGUGCUGAGGAUUUGCUCACAUUAAGGGUCCUGCUGCUCCCUUGAGGAGCAAGAAAUCGAGAUUUUUGUCUCCACAGUCACACUGCACGUCAAGAAGGGUUCUUCACCCCAAUCCUGAGUCCUGCCAACAACAACUUGGCACAUUGCAAGACCAGCAGCUGACUUACCAAACCCAGAGCUCUAAUUGGCCACCACACAUUUCUCUAAUCCAUGAAGAUUUGAAGACUGCCUCCUGGACGGUGGCAGGCCAAGAUUAGAGUGUUGACAGAAAGAAUGCUCAAAUAUCUUCGGAAAUGGUUUGUCACUCACUUUUGGGGGCACUCCCGUCAGAGAGCGAGGCUAGUCUCCAAAGAUGGAAGAUGCAACAUAGAGUUUGGCAACGUGGAGGCACAAUCGAGGUUUAUAUUUUUUGUGGACAUCUGGACAACGGUGCUUGACCUCAAGUGGAGAUAUAAAAUGACCAUUUUCAUCUCCGCCUUCUUGGGGAGCUGGUUCCUCUUUGGUCUUCUGUGGUACGUGGUCGCUUACAUUCACAAAGAUCUCCCCGAGUUUCAUCCUUCUGUCAACCACACCCCGUGCGUGGAGAAUAUCAAUGGCUUGACCUCAGCUUUUCUGUUUUCUCUGGAAACUCAAGUGACCAUUGGCUAUGGAUUCAGGUGUGUGACGGAGCAGUGUGGCACGGCCAUUUUCCUGCUUAUCUUUCAGUCUAUUCUCGGAGUCAUCAUCAAUUCCUUCAUGUGCGGUGCCAUCUUAGCCAAGAUCUCCAGAUCCAAGAAACGCGCGAAGACCAUCACCUUCAGUAAGCAUGCCGUGAUCAGCAAGCGGGGCGGGAAGCUCUGCCUCUUAAUCCGAGUGGCUAAUCUUAGGAAGAGCCUUCUUAUUGGCAGCCACAUCUAUGGAAAGCUCCUCAGAACCACGGUCACUCCCGAGGGAGAGACCAUAAUUUUGGACCAGAUCAAUAUCAAUUUUGUGGUAGAUGCUGGUAAUGAAAAUUUAUUCUUCAUCUCCCCGCUGACAAUUUACCACAUCAUUGAUCACAAUAGCCCUUUCUUCCACAUGUCAGCAGAAACCCUGCUCCAGCAGGACUUUGAAUUGGUCGUGUUCUUAGAUGGCACGGUGGAAUCAACCAGUGCCACUUGCCAGGUUCGGACAUCCUAUGUCCCAGAGGAGGUACUUUGGGGCUACCGGUUCGCUCCGAUAGUUUCUAAGACCAAGGAAGGGAAAUAUCGAGUAGAUUUCCAUAACUUCAGCAAGACAGUAGAAGUGGAGACCCCUCACUGUGCCAUGUGCCUCUAUAAUGAGAAAGAUGCCCGAGCCAGGAUGAAGAGGGGCUAUGACAACCCCAACUUCAUCUUGUCGGAAGUCAAUGAAACAGAUGACACCAAAAUGUGACGGACUUUUCAGCAUGAAUGGAACACUGUCUCGAAGAUGCCUAUUGGCUUGGAACCGUCAGGAAGCAAUGAGACAUUUGAGGAUCUGAAGUGAGGACCCUCAACGUCGACCCGUACAAGGAUUCUCUGAAGCCCUUCAUUGUGAUCCUCUAAGACAUCUGCUGCACAAGGCAAUCAUAUUAGACAUGUUUGUAUUUCUAUGGGGCUGGAAUAUGGGAGCCACAAGAGGCCACUGGAGAUCUUGAGUACGAUGAUCUGAGAUCAUGAAAUGUAGAUGAGAACAGACAAACUUAUCAAAAGCCUUAGGUACAGAUCAAACAACCUUUUAAAGACUCCUCGAAGAAGUUAUGAACUUUCGAUAGGAGCAUUUGAUUCUACUGAUAAGAAACUGCUUCCAUUUAACAUUGACUUUUAUAAGGGGAAAUACUGAUAUGGGGGAAAUGUUCCAGCCAAUCAAAGAAAAUAAGGGCGGUGGGGAUAAUGCUUUAAAAAACUGUGUAGCUCUAACCUUCUCAAGCUCUGGUAGUUGAAGUCAUGUUCUGCUGGGUUUCAGGAAGUGUAAGGCCUACGCAGUCUGGGGCUGUGUAGUAAGAACCCAAGUCCAGACGAGCUUCAUGCGUAUCCAUCGACUCAAAGCCAAGUGUGUUCUGAAUGAUCUUUUGUAGAAUGUCUAAACAUGCUAACACUGCCUUCUUACAUCUCAUUGCAUAGUAGCCUGUAAGAAUCCUGGAUUUGUAAAGGGUGAUGGAUAUUAAAAAUGGGACUGCAUUGAAAGAGAUUAGGAGCUACACAUCUGUUAAAAAGAGUAUCCCAUACACUUCCAAGAAAGCAAUGAAGAAAUGGAAGGUGCCAAGUCAAUCUGAAAAGGACAAUGCUGUGAAUACUUUCGAGGAAAAAAUGUUUCAUGAGUUGUUUGACCAGGAGUGUGUACUGAAAGGCUCUUCCUGCAGGAGAAGAGUGGAAGGAAGAGUGCAGGCUGUGAGCCCGCAAUGAGAAAGUGCUGGUUUUUUUCUCUCACUGAGGGCCAGCCCCACGUCAUGGUAAAGGGACCCACGUGAAACAAGGAUGUCCUCCAGGGAGAAGACUUUACUGUGAAUGUCUCUUCAAUUCCCCACCGACCAGCAUUUGAAUGUAUACUGGAAUGGAUGGUACUGAAAGCUUCGUGGUAAUCAGGUGUUUUUAGUGUGUUGAUUAAGAUAUUAAAUCUCUAAAACUGUG